GUCCUCGGUUGCCGUGGGGACUCCGGACUACAUUUCUCCUGAGAUCCUUCAGGCGAUGGAGGCGGGGCGCGGUCGUUACGGUCCGGAGUGUGACUGGUGGUCCCUGGGCGUCUGCGUCUACGAGAUGCUCUACGGGGAGACGCCGUUUUAUGCCGAGUCGCUGCUGGAGACAUACGGCAAGAUCAUGAACCACCAGGAUCGUCUGGUUUUCCCGUCUCACGUCUCCGAUGUCUCCGAUUCUGCUCGAGACCUGAUCCAGCGUCUGCUCUGCCCCCGAGAGUCCAGACUGGGCCUCCGAGGAAUCCAGGACUUUAAAGAUCACCCGUUCUUCUCCGGGAUCGACUGGGACCGGAUCCGGACGAUGGCGGCUCCGUACAUCCCUGAAGUCUCCUCCCCCACGGACACGUCCAACUUCGACGUGGACGACGAGACGCUCAAGAACCCAGAGGUCUCGGCUCCUGUGGCUCUCAGCAGUUUUUCGGGGCAGCAGCUUCCCUUCGUGGGCUUCACCUACACCUGUCCGAGUGGGCGUGGCCUGAGCCCGGCAGGUGUGACGGGUGUGACAGGUGUGACAGGUGAGGGCGUGUCCCGGGGGGCGGAGCUCGAGCAGAAGAUCCAAAAACUGGAGCGAGAGAAACAGGAGCUGCACCAGAAACUGUCAGAGUUUUCUCAGCCUCAGUCUGGAGUUUUGUCUCGAGAAAAAGAGAUUAAAAAACUCAACGAAGAAAUCGAGCGCCUCAAGAAGAAACUGUCAGACUCUGAUAGGCUGGAGAAGCAGCUGGAGGAGGCGGUGUCUCUGCGUCAGGACGAAAGCUCCGCCUCCAAACUGCGAGCGCUCGAGCGACAGGUGAAGAGUCUGAGACAAGAGAAAGAGGACGCCCACAAGCAGCUGCAGGAGUCUCUGGAGCGAGUUCGCGCUCAGUCGAAGGAGCUGCGUGACGUUCACAAACUGCGUAAACAGGCCGUGUCGGAGCUUUGUGACGUGUCCCAGACUCUGGAGCAGCUGCGAAACAACGACAAGAGACUGAACCGGACCAUCCGAGACCAACAGGAGGAACUACAGAGUCUGCAGAGAGCGGCGCAGGACAGCAGAGGACUGCAGGCCCGAGUCAGAGAGUUGGAGGCGCUGUUGGACGAGUCGCGCUCUGAGGCUCAGAAAGAGAAGAAGCUCCGAGAAAACAGCGAAGCGUUUGGACGAGAACUGCAGAGCGCCAAGACUCAGGGGGCGGAGCUUGACCCGGCUCAGGGGGCGGAGCUGCGGCAGCUGAAGGCGGAGCUCGAUCGCACUCUGGCCAAUCAGGAGGAGCUGCAGCGCCGAGACUCCGCCCACUGUGCAGAGAUCAAAGACCUGCGCUCCCAGCUCCACCAAUCGGAGAGCGCACAGCUGUCGGCCAAUCAGGAGCUGCGCAGCCUGAGGGAGCGGCUGGAGCUGGCCAAUCAGGACAGACAAAGUGACCUGGAGGAGGCGCUGUCGGCUCUGAAGGACAAACAUGAGAGAGAGAAGAGUCUGCUGAGCGAAGAGAACCGAAAACUCACCUCCGAGUCCGACAAGCUGUGUUCUUUCGUGGAUCGUCUGACGGAGCAGAACCGGCAGCUGGAGGAGGAGCUUCAGGAGCUCUCGUCCAAAAAGGAGAGCGUGAGUCACUGGGAGGCUCAGAUCGCCGAGAUCAUCCAGUGGGUGAGUGAUGAGAAAGACGCUCGUGGUUACCUUCAGGCUCUGGCGUCUAAAAUGACGGAGGAGCUGGAGUCUCUGAAGACGACGAGUCUGGGCCCCCGGAACAUGGACCCCCUGUGGAAGGUGCGUCGUUCUCAGAAGUUGGACAUGUCGGUUCGGUUGGAGCUGCAGUCGGCUCUGGACGCAGAGAUCAGAGCCAAACAGCUGCUUCAGGAAGAACUACGGAAGGUCAAGGGUCACUGCGCCGGGCUGGAGAGUAAAGUCAAAGAUCUGGAGGAAAAGUCCAAACAGACUCAGGACCAACUGGAGACUCUACAGAAAGAACUGGACCAGAACCGGACCAGCUCAGGUCUGAAUCUGGACUUUCAGGAUUCUCUGUUCGAGUAUUUCAACACGUCUCCUCUGGCGCCGGAGCUCAGCUUCAAACCAUCGGACCUGGACUCCUCCCCCAAAGAGGCCACGCCCCCCUCACCUGCUGCCUCACCUGAGCAACAGGAAGUGACAUCACAGCCUGUCCCAGAAAGACCCGCCCCCUCCGCCACAGGCCACACACCCCUCCAGCCUCGCGCUCAUCAGCUCAGCAUCAAAACGUUCAGUUCUCCUCCUCAGUGCAGCCACUGCAGCGCGAUCAUGACCGGACUCACACGCCAGGGCUACGGCUGCGAGGUUUGUUCCUUCGUGUGUCAUGUGACCUGCAGAGACCACGCCCCUCAGAUCUGUCCAAUCCCGUCGGAGCUGCGGCCGGCGGGCGUCGACGUGCAGAGGGGCAUCGGGACCGCCUACAAGGGCUACGUCCGGGUGCCGAAGCCCAGUGGGGUGAAGCGCGGGUGGCAGAGGGUCUGGGCCGUCGUCUCCGACUGUCGUUUGUUUUUCUACGAUGUUCCAGAAGGAAAAACCACCCAACCUGGAAACGCCGCCUCCCUCGUCCUGGACCUCAGGGAUGAGUUCUUCUCCGUUUGCUCAGUGCUUCCAUCUGAUGUGAUCCAUGCUCCUCGGAAAGACGUGCCCUGCAUCUUCAAGGUCCAGGUGGGGUCUCGUGAGUCCAGUCUGAGUCCGGUCUCGGUUCUGGUUCUGGCCGACUCGGAGCAGGAGCAGAGGAAGUGGCUGAAGGUUCUGGAAAGUCUCCACGUUCUGCUGAAACAGAACGGACUCCUGCAGACCCGAGUGCAGCGCCCCCUGGAGGUGUACGACCCCGCCCUGCCGCUCAUCAAGAGUACUCUGAGCGCCGCAGUACUCGAUCGGGAGCGUGUGGUUCUGGGGACGGAGGAGGCUCUGUUCGUGGUGGAACUGACCCGAGACGUGAUCGUCCGGGCCUGCGACACUAAGAAGGUUCUGCAGGUGGAGCUGGUUCCUCGGGAGAACCUGCUGGUCCUGGUGUGCGGCAGAACCAAGCAGGUUCACCUUCAGCCCUGGCAGGUUCUGGACGGAUCCGAGUCCAGUUUCGACGUCAAACUCACCGAGACCAAAGGCUGCCAGGCCCUGACCACCGGAACCCUGCGCCCGGGCGGAGCCUCCUGCCUGGUGACCGCCGCCAAGAGACAGGUGCAGUGUUUUGAGCUGAUGAGGUCCAAGCCGUUCUACCGGAGACUUUGGGAGGUCCAGGCUCCGGGUCCGGUCCAGUGGUUGGGGAUGGUCCUGGACCGGAUCUGCGUGGGUUUCCCGGGGGGUUUCGCUCUCCUGGCUCUUCAGGGAGAGUCCAGCCCCGUGUCUCUGGUCUGGCCCCAGGACCCCAGUCUGGUCUUCCUGUCGCAGACGCCCCUGGACGCGCUGCACGCCGCUCCGCUGAGCCGAUCCAGCGAGAUCCUGCUCUGCUUCAGCCACACCGGGGUCUACGUGGACCACCAGGGCAGAAGGUCCCGGACCAGAGAACUCAUGUGGGCAGGGACCCCCACGGCCUUCAGUUCCAGUUCGUCUCAUCUCACCGUUUAUUCCGAUUACGGCGUCGACAUCUACGACCUGCAGACCUCAGACUGGCUCCAGACCCUCCCCAUCAGAAAGCUGCGUCCCUUAAACUCGGACGGAUCGUUGAACCUGCUCAGCUCUGAUCCUCCAAGACUCAUCUACCUCCAGAAGACAGAGGGAGGCGUCUGGGGAGAGGGAGAGCUGGCGUUGCCGGGGGUGACGGAGAGCAGCAGGAAACUGAUGGUCCGAACACGAAGCAAAAGAAAAUUUCUGUUUAAACUCCCCGAAGAAGAACGACAACAACAGAGAAGGGAGAUGUUGAGGGACCCAGAGUUUCGUUCUAAAAUGAUCUCAGGACCCACAAACUUCAACCACAUCUCACACAUGGGACCAGGAGACGGCAUGCAGAUCCUCAGGGACCUGCCCAUGGUGAGGGAGGACCUGACUGUGAGCGUCUCUCCUCAGGACCAGGAGCCAGUGAGUCGCUCCAGACCUUUGUCCAGCAUCAGUCGACACCAACAACAACAACAACAACAACCACGCAGCAAGAGCCACAUCACCAGGACCGCCUCAGAUUUCGGAGGCGGAGUUUCUUCUCGGCUGGACUUGGACCCUGACCUGGAGGACUCGGACUCGUUCAAACUGUCGUCCAACAGCUCCAACCCGAGCAGCCCGCCGUCGCCCACGUCGCCCCACCGCACGCCCGACCUCGACCUGGACCUCACCCAGACCCACUUCAGCUGAAACCGGCUCUGGACCGGCUCUGGACCGGCUCCGGACCCGGGGCUAGACCAGACUCUGUUUGGUCUUAAAGCAGGACUCUGGUUCAGUUCUGGGCCCAGUUUGUUUCUAAAACACUAAACCGUGACCCGACUCUGGAGGAGGCCGCGGGUUUAACUUUGUUCUGAAUCUUUUUUUUUUUUCGUUGUAUCGACUUUUCUGGUUUGAAACGUUCUGAAGCUGCUGAAGGAUCCUGUGCAAAUACGUUUAUCUUUAAAUGAAACACUUUAUACAUUUUACGCAGCGAGACGCGCGGCGGACAUUUUGUGCCAGUGCAGCCGCCGCUACAAAAUGGCUGCCGACGUUUGUGUAAAAAAAUGAGACGUUUUAUGAUUUUAUGGUUUUAUGAUUUUAUGAUUUGAUGCUUUUAUUUGUGCUGCUGACGAUGGGAACACUUUAUCUGUGGAGAAAACACUGUAACGACUCUCACACUACUGCUCUGGUGGAAUCACGAGAAUAAAAUAUCUUUGUAAUUAUGAACGUCCAUGUUAAGAAUAAAAUCAUGUCAAAACACUAAA